AUGAACUACUUCUUCACGAGACUCGGCGGGCCUUUCAAGUCCGUUGAUGAUUUCAACAGAAGUUUCCUACCCGAUAAGGCCGGCGGUGAUGAGGCAAUCCCUGGGAUGAACAAUCUCUGUCGUUGCUUCUGUCAGGUCGCCAGGACGCAUAGCACGCCGGUGUUCAUGCACCCGGAUCUCGCCCAGCGAAACGUCAUGGUCCGCCCGGACGGCUCGGUGUGCAUCAUUGACUGGGAGGUCUCAGGUUGGUAUCCUCUAUACUGGGAGUAUCUGAAAGGUAAGGACUUACACAAGACCCUGCCCUUCCUUGAAGAGUUUGAGGAGGAGUUCAACCUCAUGGCCAAAAUUCGCAUGUUGAAGCUGCAGGCGGUGAUAGAAGGCAUGCGCCGAUCUGGAAAGGUUUGA